AAAUUAGAUGAGGGGAGAACACUACUAUUUUUUUUUUUUAAUUUGAUGGCUGUAAAUCGGAGCAUAGCUGACCAAAUUUUAAAUAAAAUGCCUGAGACAUUUACAAUUUAGUUAUUUCUGAGGCUUUCUUUUUUUUUUUUUUUGAAUUGAUAAUAUUCUUCAAUAUCUUUACUGCAGUAUAAUAUAUUGUUGGAUUAAUUAAGUAAAUAAAUAAAUUAAAUAAAUUAAAUAACAAUGUUUAAGAAAUGUACGUUUCAUCAAAAUUUAACUGGCGUCUUCUUUCGUCUGCUGACCAGUUACAUCUCUGUUAUCGGUUACUAUCGAUUAUUGAUUACUUAGCACUACUUAACUAUUUGGUCAAUGCCUAAUUAUUGUUAGUGAGUAGUCUGUAUCGAUUGCACAGAAAAUGAACAAAGUUGUCCUUUCUCGGGCUUAGGAGAGGCUGAUUAUUCUAGCUCUUAUACUUGCUGAGAUCCUUGCGUUCAUACAGACGGACAGAUAGACAGACAUACAUGGCUAUAUCGACUCGUCUAGUCAUACUGAUCAUACUUUGUGGGGUCUGCCACGCCUCGCACAAAAGUAAUGUACCCUACGGGAACAGGGUAUAAUUAAAAGGCACAGCUGCCCCCGAAAUUGUAGUUAAUACACGUGUAGCCCUGAAUUUGCAAUCGGCAGACAAUUUUUGUCAACAACAUUUGUCGAGUACAUGGAGCCAGUGGUGAAUCGGAAUGAAAAAAUCUAUUUUGAAUGUUUAUACUGUUUCGUAUGCGCAAGUAGCUGGCAGACAAAAGGCACCUCUUUCGCAACAUUCUGCUGUCUAGUUGCAAUGAAUUGAACGCACUUUAGUUUGCUUCUAGGAGUAGUAGUACAAGUAGUACCCAUAUGCAUCUAAAAACGCUUAUAAAGCAUGCAUUUUGCUAUCGGGACCUCAAAACGCUGUGAUGAUAAGUCGCUGUCACAGUUGAGUGAAAAAUUGCAUUUUCCUCAACACUAGAGUGCCAGUCACUUGAAAGUCAAAAGCAUUGGCAGCUUCAACAGAACAUGUGCACGAUUUAUAUUAUAUACUUAGAGGAGUGUGUGUCAGCUUCAGCGACAGGUUCUAUACACGUAUACCACAUGCAUAUUCAUAUACUGUUUGAGUGAACUGUGCAUAUAUACUUGUGACUUGUAUGCAAGUGUCUCGCUCCACUGCUACUUCUUGCUGAAAGCUGAUGGGAUCUCGUCAAAAACUUAUGACAUAUUGCUACCGGCUGGAAACUUGAUGAAUGCAACUUAUGAGUAUGUGAGGCGUACAACUCACUCAUGUGUGUGAAGUGGGCGAAAAGCUCUCCCAGCUCCUACUACAUAGUUGGAGAAGGGACUACAAACAGGGAGUUCGAACAGGAAUGUGCGGAGCCAAUGAUGAGAUCUAGAUGAAAUACUUCAGCUACGAUCAUAACGAACGGCCCUUAAAACACUCAUAAUAUCCUUAUCCAAGGUGGCAACAGUCGGUCGCUCAGCAACGUGCAACAAACAGCAGCUGCUUCGUCUGCCUCUCUAACAGCACCACAGCCCCGAUUCCUGUCACGUGGACACACAUAUCGGGCGGUUGUCGGCGAUACUCUGGUCCUGCCCUGCCAGGUGGAAAAUUUGGGCAAUUUCGUCUUACUUUGGCGUCGCGGUGCAAAUGUGCUCACUGCAUCCAACAUAAUGGUGACCAGAGAUGAGCGCAUAAGACUGAUAGAGGGCUACAACUUAGAGAUAUCUGACUUGGAGCCACAAGAUGCCGGGGACUAUGUUUGUCAAAUCAGUGACAAAGUAAAUCGUGAUCAGGUCCACACAGUUGAAAUAUUGGUACCGCCUAGUGUUCGUGCUAUACCAACAUCUGGUCAGUUACAAGCCCGGAAAGGUGGACCCAUAACGCUGGAAUGCAAAGGGUCUGGGAAUCCGGUGCCAUCCAUCUACUGGACUAAAAAGAGUGGUGCUGGAAAAUCAUCUGCUCGCAUCGGCGAUGGACCUAUUCUGUCUCUCGAUAAAUUGGAGCGCCAACAGGCGGGCGUCUAUCAGUGUACGGCUGACAACGGCGUAGGCGAUCCUGUGACCGUCGAUAUGCGUCUGGACGUUCUAUAUCCGCCAGACAUACAAGUUGAGAAAUCAUGGAUACACUCGGGCGAAGGAUUCGAAGCUAAGCUCGUCUGCAUCGUUUACGCUGAUCCAGUUGCCACGAUUUCCUGGUACCAGAACUCAUUCCCCAUCCAAACGACAGAUAGACGCAUAAUGUCAACAAGGAACAAUCGACAUACUUUAACCAUUCGCCACAUCCAGCAGGAAGAUUUCGGCAAUUACAGCUGUGUCGCUGAUAACUCAUUGGGACGAUCUCGUAAGUAUAUGGAGCUUUCCGGUCGACCCGGACCAGCUGAAUUCUAUUCACCCAAAUGGGGCCGCUCGUCCGAUAGCUACAAUCUGACUUGGAAAAUCGAUAGCUAUCCACCGUUGGAGGAAGUGCGUCUUCUCUAUCGUCGAGUGCUGAUGAACGACACUUUUCAACAGCCGGGUAGAUGGCACGAUUUUAUUCUUACACCCGAACACCGUCCAGCCACGGAGCCACUAACACACAUAAUGUCAUACACUAUUAAGAACCUGCAUCCCGGAGCUUACUACGAAGCGAUUGUGCAGGCCAAGAAUCGAUACGGCUGGAAUGAGGUCAGCGAUAUAUUUCAAUUCAUAGUCGCUAGCAGCAGCAUUGAUAUUGCCCCCGAAGAUGCCGAGGUGGUGGCCAGUUCCAAAUCCCGCAGCAACAGUGGUGCCAUCAACGACCUUCACAGCGCCCUGUUUCACUUCCUGCUGCUCAUUGUCGUCGCUUUAAAUAACUGUCGACGAGAGAGGCUGCGAUUGGGCUUAGGAUAAGCGUUCACUUCCACCUAAAAAAUAAACUGUGAACUAAGUGGUGGUAUACUUGAUCGAUUCCUUCCCCUUCCCUGCGAAUAAUAUAGGAGCGAAGCGGUUGGCAAACGUUAUUAUAAACCAUGGAACCAUUCUGUAAAGUUUUUAGAUUUAUUUAAAUUUUCACUUAACAUAUUUUUUACAACUACCUACCUACUAUUCAUUAAGCUAUUUUUGUUUUCUUUAUUUUUUUAGUUUACUACAGCAAACUAAAUAUAAAUAUGAAAUCUGUUUGCAUAUGAUUUUCUUCAAAAUACUCGUCAACAUAGAGAAAAUAUGAAAUGAAUUAUGUCUGUACAUAAUAUUUUUAGUAUUGAUCAGCAAUUGAAUUGAAAUCUAGCACCGCAUAUAUUAGUAACUUAAAAACUCAAUCUACGAGUAGGUCAUGUACAUAACUAUGUAUUAGAUGUUGAACCGUGAAAUUAAUUUUGCUUUAUCAGACAGUAUGUAUUCUAAGUAAUUAAAGUUUAAUAUUUAGGUGUGAUUUUUAUUGUGAAUGAGUUUUGUUUUUAUUUAUUAUUUAAAGCAAACUUACAUCUUAGGCAACGUAAUGUAAACUAAAUUAUAAGCCCAAAAUAUUGUACCACCAAAUCGAGAAAAUUAAGAUUAAGUUGAUAAAAAAAAAACAGAGCAAGCUAA